AUGCCUGAAGAAAAAAAAGAGGAAAACAAAAUUAAGCCUAUAAAUGUGGUGGCAAAAAAUGAUAAAUUAUUAAAUGUAAAACCAAAAACUCCAUAUGGAGCAAAUCAAAUGUUAUAUAUGACCUUAUCAGAAAGUCUUAAAUAUAAAUAUAACAAAAAAAUAAGAUAUUUAACAAAAGAAGAGGUAGCAGAACAUAAUAAAGAAGAUGAUGCAUGGAUAAUAUAUAAAAAUAAGGUAUAUGAUAUAACUUUAUAUCUGAAACAUCAUCCUGGAGGAAAAAAGAUUUUGCUAAAUGAAUCAGGUAAGGACAUUACUGAAUUUGUUCUAAAAUUUCAUCCAUGGGUUAAUGUUGAGGAAAUUUUAAAACAUACAUUUAUUGGAUACGUCAAGGAUAAAUAA